GGUGCUACGAGAUAUAAUAAUGAGUCUUCAACAGCUUCCAACCCAGUGGCUUUAUCAGUGUACUCAGAUGAGACAUCUGCAAGGGUUUCUGAAAAGAGAACAAAGAGGAAGUUGGAUAAUGAGGAAAAGGACCAAAAAGGUUGCAAAGAUUCUCCAUACUGUAGCCAAGAAAGCCAGCCCAUCAGAGUGCAAAAGAGCCACAAUAGCAGAAAGUAGAGCCACAACAGCCUGUUCCACUGUGAUUCAAAGCUCUGAAUCAAAUCCAAAUGAUGAAGACAAGGAGGUAGCACAGUUAACAGCAAAAACUCCUAGUGUAUCAAAGUCUCAAUCACUCACUGACACAUUAGGUCUGCCAAAAGGGUUCUCAGUUAGAGAUUUUUCACCCAAUUCUCAAGAACUCUUGCAGAAAAAGCUGGAAAAUGUACAAAAAUGUAAAGUCCAGCAAAGUGACUUCUUUAGGCCUUGCACAUCUCUCUUUGUGCCUGAUACUGAUAGUAGUGCCAGUGGUGUAAGCAAUAGUAGUUGCAGAACCACUUCACAUUCCUCAGCAACAUUAGUGAAAAAGAGCAACAGCAAGGGAAGACAAGGUGCCCAGAAGCCAGUGACAUCAAUAAACACAAUUGUUUCAAAUCCUGGAAGUCCUAAGGGAGUGCCCUUAGCCGAUGAAGACCCUGAUCCAAAUUAUCUGUCUUCCAUGCAUCAAAUAGUAUUUCUGGACUUGGACAACUGGCCAGCCUUAUUCAAGAAACUGCCUGCUCCACUACCUGACAGGGUGUUUGUAUGGGCAUUUAUUGGAGGUAAAACUGUCUGGAAACCACCACACAGUUUCCUUCCCUUUUCUGUUUUGGUGAAAAAUCGUUGGUUUCACCUGCAUGGAAGGUGUGGGACGACCAAAGAUGCUGCUGACUUUGCCAUAUGUCUGCAGGUUGGAAAGAUGGAUGCUGUACUUCCCAAACAUAUCCCAUUCACAGUGCUGUCUGGAGAUAAGGGGUUCUGUGAACUGGAAAGACAGCUGGCCAGAUCAGAGAGGAGAGCAGUGGUCAUAGACCCACACAUGAAAACACCAGAGAUGGUACACACCUUACUGAAGAGUGUGGCUGAUGUAUGAAUAGGUCAUGCGCAGCACAGCAUACUUAUUAAAAUCUUUUAUUCUUUCAAUUGGAAUUUUUUUUUCAUUUGCAAAUGUUGACGCUUGAAAUUUAUAUGAGAAAAGGUGGGAGUGGUGCAUCAACAAAUUCAAAUAACCAAAGGCAAUAG